AUGUUUUUCCGUUCGAGACUUGUCUUGUUUUGCGUGCUGCGGUAGACACUAUUUGUUAUUUGAAAUAACCUAAAACAAAUAAUGGAAAAAUGCUUUGAUCUCGCUGACAAUUUGCGUACGCAACCGCUAAGUACAUCACCGUGCCCCUACACGCCGCAUAGCACCCGCCUCUCCUACCCACAGCGCACAGAAUGCGCAGAAUGCCUCCAGUGAAGUGCGACGACAGCUCAUGAUACUCGUAUUCGGGUGUAAAUUAUAUUAAUGAUGGCUCAUUAGCUCCUUUCCAUACCCCUGUCUGUAUACAUGGAGCUUCUUAACGUUGCUCUGGUUUCUCUUUGGCGAUGACUAUGUGUCAUUGCAGCUAUGGGAGCUCAAUUGAAGGGGGUAAUUGACACUGCCACUACUUGUAAACAUAUAUAAUUUUUUGUUAUUGUUACUUUUUUAAAGCUUAUUGUUGUUGUCGCUACUAUGUAAGCAGAAUGUUAAAGUGUUUUUAGUCGUUGACAAGUAACAUUUAACGGGAAAUAUAUGAGUAUUACUUUUGUGUUCCAUAUGUUGGCGGUAUCUGUUUACAUACUAGUCGUUCGCGAACGGUGAUGCGAUGAUCCCAUCAUCAGCGAAAUGCCACCAACGUUUUGAGUGUUUUGAAGAAUUAUAAGUAGGGAGAGGAAACAGAGGAUUUGUAAAUUUACAGAAGAGUGAAAAAUCAUAACGUAUAAAUGAUAAGAAGAAUUAUUAACACAAAUUCUGUGUCAGUUUCAUCAUUACAAAGUUGUCAUGAAUUAGCAGUUUGGUUAUCAGUGCACUACCCGAAACCAUAAAUAAUAUGCAUAAACUCUUUAUUACGUUAAUUAGUUAAUAAUAGAUAUUGGAAAUUAGUAGCAGCCCAGUUUUGGCAACGUUCAGACACGCGACGUUCAGAGCUUAAGCAUAAAUAGUAAUUAGAUUUCCUCUGAAAUCCUAAAAUGCGUCCCUUGCCACCGGAAUUAGCGAAAAUCGCACGAGAGGAAUUGAACGAGAUACCGGAGCGUGUGCAAGAAGAUUUGGUCAUAUUGCGAACCUGGAUUUAUCAGCAGCGAUAUUUGUAUGCGCGUACAUCGACGGACUUCCUGAUUGCCUUCCUCAGGCGUUGUCGCUACAGUUUGGAGCAGACCAAGAAACGCAUUGAUGACUUUUUCACAUUUCAUACAAAGUGUCCGGAGAUUGUGUCGAAUCGUCGUGUGACAGAGAAAAUGUUAAGCAUUAAUCGCUUGGGACUUCAAUAUUUCCCGGAAUUUCCUAGAUGCAGUGACCACGCUGCAAUUAUGAUUACCCGACUCAACUGUUGCCCCAAACGUUAUCACAUGCGUGAUGUUAUGGCUUACACUGCGAUGGGUAUGGAACUCAUAGCACUAGAGAACGAUAAUGCUGCAAUUGUAGGGGUUAUUCAAAUAAUCGAUUUGUCAAACCUGGAUGUUGAGCAUGCGUCUCAAUUAGGUGGCGGUCUCUUAAGGAAAUGGUGGUAUUGGAUGAAUGAUUGUUGUCCGUUGCGCAUAAAUGCAACCUAUUGCUUGAACGCGCCCAAAGAACUACAAAAUUGGUUAGGUUUCUUGAGAACACUACGCGUCAAAAUGCGUCCGCAGUUCUUUAUCCUGAAAUCUUUGGAAGAGUUGUAUGAACACAUACCACAAAAAUGUUUACCUGAGGAAUAUGGUGGCGCCAAUGGACAUAUGCAUGAGUGUGUUUCAUACAUGGAAGAUUUGCUUAAGAGCUAUCGUGACUAUUUUGAAGACGAAGUAAAUUACGGCACAGUUGAACAUUUACGACAUGGUGAGAUUAUGCCAUAUGAGGCGGAGUUUGGCGCAGAAGGCAGUUUUCGUAAAUUGAUUUUCGAAUAAAAAUCAUUGAAAAAUGUAUAUCAUACAUACACAAAUAUAAAUAUUAUCAUGGAAAUCAGGUAUUGGAGCACUGUACAUAAAUUUAGACCUUGGAGUCAUUAGUAGUCAGCUUCCACUAACUGGCUUCUUAUAUGUUAGUACUAAUUAAAGAUCUAUUUGUUACACUUGUCGUUGUGUUACAGUAAAUAAAUUUUAUAAAUAAAAAGAAAAAUCAUGUAUUAACUAAUGUAAUUAUUAUAUAGAUGGUCGAUUAUUUAUCGAAAACUGAAAGCAUAGUUAAACGAGCAAGAAAUAUGUCCAACCCCUUAGUUUAGGUCAGAGGUUGAACUUAAAAGGAAUCUCAGUUGAACAGCUUAU